CUCAGCUCUUUUGUGGAGGUGACUGCCGAUGGCCUGACUAGUGAAACCAAGAAAACGGGCAAACGCACUGGACACCUUGAGCUACAGUGGAACGAGGACCUCACCCUGUGAGCCCCCCCCCCCCCCCCCUUCUCUCAACCUCACUGUGUUUUAGAUGCUUGUGUGUUGUUUAGUGUAUGUGUGUUUUUCUGACACAACAUGCCAAUGCUAUGCCGCUGUACAGUAAUACCACAUGAAUGUGUAAUGUAGGCCUAUUUGGUUGUGUAGCUGAUUUUGACUUGUGUGUUGUUUAGGAAUGUGACGCCUCAGAGCCACUUAGAUCUAAAGUUGUGGAACUGCCACACCUUGAGGAAGGAGUUGCUGGGGAGUGCCACCAUUGACCUGCUUGACACCCUGCGUACACAUGAUGGCAAGAGUAAGACAAUAAACUUUUAUUUUUAAAAAGUUGUUUAAAUUUUUAUGUAGGCCUAUGUUCAUGGAUUGUUAGCAGGAUUCCCAGUCAUGCUACUAAAGUAGUCUUUCCAGUUGGAAAAUAUUAGGGGUUAUCCUCUACAGAAAUUAAAGAUCAAGCUCCAUCAGGAUGUUUCUUUAUACAAACAUGUAAGAAGAAGAGAGAAAUAACUUUGUUUGCCUUUAUGCAAUUGAUAGAGCACAUCUUAUCAUCUCUUACUUUCCCUAAUCCUUCAUUUUCUUUCCCUCCUUCGUUUUCUCUUUCUUCACACUCUCCUCCAUCUAUCCCUCCCUCCAUUCCACAAUCCCCCCUUUCCCUCCAGUGGAGAAUCUGCAGCUCAGUCUGGUCUUGCAGACAGAGAACAAAGGCUCAGUUGUAGCAGGAGGCGAGCUGAACGUCUGUCUGGACGGCCUGGUUGUUGAUCUGGGAUCUUUGCCCAAUGGCAGCACAGCAACA